CCGGUUAGCAAUAUCUGGAAAUAUAAAAGUUUGGACAUUGUAGAGUGGUGGUUCGACUUCGCUAAAGGACAGUUGAGAGCGGGUACUUCAGUUGAUUUGUUCCUUAGGCGUGGUCAGUUAUUAUUAGGUAAGAAAUGACAAAAGGAACUACCUCUUUUGGUAAGAGGCACAACAAAUCACACACACAAUGUCGCCGCUGUGGUCGGAAAUCUUAUCACAUUCAAAAGAAAACAUGUUCAUCCUGCGGAUAUCCUUCAGCUAGAUUGAGGAAGUACAAUUGGUCCGUGAAGGCCAAGCGAAGAAGGACAACUGGAACAGGUCGUAUGCUACACCUUAAGAAUGUGCACAGGCGUUUCAAACACGGUUUUCGUUCUGGGCCACCGAAACCCGUUAAGGCUUGAUGUACACAUCUUAUUAUAAUAAAUGGUAUUAAUUGAUGCUCCCCUACUUGUACAUUGAAAGUUUAUCGCUGUUUAAUGCUCUUGAUAUAGUCUUUUUCCACGUAGCUAGUGCGCUCUUCGUACCUAGUAAGUUUCGUCAGUAAGGGAGAAAAUGUAAAGCUGGGGGUUGUACCGUUCGACACUUCGUUUACCCAUUUGAAUAAUGUGUAGGUUGCCUGUUUUUGAAGGAAUCUAUUGGUGAGUUCUUGCAUCUUUCUACUGAAACUCGUUACUGAUUCAUCUAGCCUCUCCUAAUAUCACCUUGUAAAUUUAAUCCUAAACAACAGUGGUGUAGCUAAAACAAUUUGGUCUACGUCAUCUAAUCUGAUGGAUGGUAGUAACCUACAUUUUAGAGUUGACCAAUGAUUGAGGGCUGGGUCAGUUGGAAACCGUCUCUUGAUUCUAUUUUCAGGUUCUACCAAUGUUGGUUUUGUUUGUUAAGGUUUUGAUUGUAUUUCCAUUUUUGUCUCCUAUCUUGUUAACUGUCUUGAAAUAUUUCGAUGAACUGUAGGCAGUUAGUGCCACAAUACAGUAAAUUCAAGACCGAAAUUUGUCCAUGAUUAAAAAUAAAAACCUGCCAGCUGUGAAACAAGUAAGCAGAUCAGGGUUCUACAAAAUAGUAAUGUUGGUUUGCCAAACAUGUAUCCUGAUAGGGAAGGUAAGUAAGUUGGUAAAACAUAUUCCUUGCCGUAUCAUAGGAAAUAUCUAUUGUGCCAAACAAGUAGCUUCUUUGCCUGUCUCAAAUCAUGGGGUUCCAACAUCGAUCCAUGUGAAAAUGCGACUAAGUGGUUGAAAACCCAUGGUCUCACAUCGAUCCUAGAUAAUCAGUCAUAGCAAACCAUACUGUCGCCCCCCACCCCCCACAGCUUCCCACUUAUUUGGUGACCGGACUUCUGGUUCAGUAAUAGUGAAGAGAACGGUCUUAUCGACUCAGUCCGUUAGAGCAGAUGCAACUACCUAGGUAGUGAAGUGGAUUAUGUUUUAUCCGUUUUCCUUAUCGUGAUGUGAAUAACACUGAGAAUUUCGGUUGAAGCAUUCAGGAAAUGUAUGUGAGCGUAGAACACAUUAACUAGUAGGUUAUUCCACUUCUGCACAAAUAGAAAAGGUUCGGCUGGAUUUUGCCAACUUACUCCACCUGUGGCGCUGCCGUGAUGUCGGAUUGUCCACUAAGGGUCGUGUUUACUGUGCAGCAGUCCGCUCUGUUCUGCUGUAAGGCUGUGAAACAUGGCCAUUGAAGGUGGAAGACAUGAGAAGGCUUCAGAUGUUUGACCACCGUCGCCUUCGUAGUAUAGGCCGUAUUCCGUAGUGUCUGACACAAAAGUCAGGUGUAGAGUUCUGGGGAGAAAAAGUAAGUCAGUGGAUACUUUUGUGAACCCUCAUCGACUGAAAUGGUUGGUUCCGACAAGUGUUACGCAUGUUUAGUCACCGAUUGCCUCGUCACACAAUGCUGGCCGAAUUAGGUCCAGGCUGGGGAAAGGCCCGAGGUGGCCAGACUAAAACAUGGCACCAAUGUAUGAAGUCCCAUCUUAACCCUCAACCUAAUCUCACCAUCUUCCCAUUCUUCCUUUCUCUCUUCUCGUACUUUGUAUUUCUUUCGGCUGAAUUUUCUUUUCUUCAUCUUCCGCUUCACUGCCUUUUUACUUGAUUUACUGAUAUAUGAACCAUUACGCAGUAACGUUUGGUCCUAUGUUGAUAUGGAUGGAUAUUCCACUUCAGUUGAUCUCUUAGGUGUAAACAAUCAAAUUACUGUGAUACUUUUAAAAAAUAGCCCUCAGAAGGCGUCCUAUUGUUUCUAAUGUCGUCGCUUGACAGACUGCUAGUUUUAAAUGAAUGAGGUGUUCAUAUCGUAGUUUUAUUCCUGGGGUUGGAAGCACGUAGUUGUACAGUCCACACUGACAUGGCUUGACCAGGUACUGCGCAUGGCAUGCCACCGCCUACCUCGAUGUGCAAUGCUAAGGAAAGAGGAUUCGGUGUGACCAAACGGAGAUUGACACCAGUCAAUUCAAUCUCUAACUAGGUCUAAGCCGUGCGGGGAGAUGUAGACUGGCUGGUUGGCGUCCUAGAGACGAAAGGAAUGGGUGGUUGAGGACUCAUGGUGGUGUGGCUGAAACGCAGUCACAAUGGUUCAGAUAUAUUCACUCCUUGACAUCUAAGGCUUGAGUAUUCUCGGUAACCUUCAUCUACAAACUGCUUAUUUUCUCACAACUUUGUCCACUUUGAUGUCACUCCGUUUUUAUCUACCUGUUCUUUUGUACUACUAUGAGGUGUGGCAACUGGAGCCGAUGUACUUGUGUGCGAGGUUCUGCAUUGAUUUGGUAUUCAGACGUACGGGAAAUAAAAAUGCACAUUGUUGGUGAAUGCAGCUGUGUCACCACCACUGAUGCAUACUUUAAGCCAUUGCUAUAAUGUUUCUCUUAUAGGGUGUUGGUUGGCAUGUUACACAUAUUAGGUGCUAAUUUCACACCCUUAAGCUGCCAAAAUACCUCAGUGAAAUAUCGUCUUCAUGUUAAGACACAUUUUUGGCUAACGAUACGUGUAUUUGUUUUUCUAAACGCAUGGCUUUUUCCAUCUAGGCAUGAGUUAACUGUGGACCCUAGGAUCUGAGAUAAACGGACAAUGCCAAAAUAGCAUCAGGCACUGCCAUAUAUAACUCUAAGUUCACGUAGGAAAUCCAGCUAGAAUCCACUAGGGUGCAGAAAACCAGUCAAAAGUGUUAGGAUGUCAUCAAGGGAGUGCAGACAGGAAAAAGUACUGAAAUUCAAAAUGACAACUAAAAUGACGAUAAUUUGUAGAUAAAUCUGCGCUACCGAUGUCGAUUCGGAUAGUUUCCAACCAUCAGUCUGUGUUGUCACACGGACCCAAACGGUUGGAUCUACACUUCCCUACAUGGCAAACACCGACAGACGAAGACUUCAGUGAUUGACUCCAUGUUUUAGUCUGACCAUCUCUAACCUUUUCCCAGCCUGGACCUAAUUCAGCUAACAUUGUACGAUGAGGCAGACGGUGAAUAGGCACAUGUAAACAUGUCUCGGCCAUCUAAACAAACUUAUCGAGCCUUCUAUCCUCUACUUCUAGUGGCCAUGUUUAACAGGUAUCUGUGUUGUCUAGAUCUGCUAAGGAUUUUCGUGUGGUUAGGUCGACUUCUGUAAAGUCGGACAAUGAGGGAGACCUUCAUGUGUACUUCCAUAGCAAAACUAAGAAUCAAGAGUGGAAAUCGUUGAUGGAUACCACUUGACGUACACAGCUUACCAUGGGCUCCCAUGGUUGUUCGUGUACGGAGCUUUCACAGCAGGGUGAUGCACUCACCUCUUUCAGUGAAAGACACCAGUCAACUAAGUCAAAUAUCAUCUUCAGGUCGAAAAAUACAGGUAGUGUCGUGCGCCGGUAAGUGUGCAUGUGUUCCAAAACCUGUUGGAGAGUGAAUUCUUGGUGGCCUGAAACCUACCUGGCUUUCUUGAGUUUACUGGUCUUGUCCUGUGUGAUAAUUAUCGAGUCUUAUAAUGUUCAUCAAACUGAUUCCCAUAUGGUUAUCACGGUGAUUCCCGGCCUUUCGUAAUGACGAUCAGUCAUUGAAACCAGUAAUUAGGGAUCAUAUUUCACUCUCAUACGCUAGUUCACCUGACCACUAAUGCAUGACCACCAUUCUUAAAUACCUUCGGUACUAGUCUGUUUAACUUUACUGGUCUCCCUUGUCUCAGAUUACUUCCAGCUUUUUUGACUUGUGCAAGUGUAGGAAGCAAAGGAAUCACGCCUGUUGUAUGCGGGCAAAUGUUACCACCUGGAUGGAGCUGCGUUCGAACAUGUAACCCAUCGUAGAGAAGUCAGGUACAGUACUUCGGUUCUUAGAUAUUACUCUGGUCAGGCUAGAUUCCUUGUGUUUGUUACAAAAAAGUUUAUUAUAUGAGCUGGAAUGGUCGACCUGAAGGGAUUACGUCUGUUUCUUUCUGUUCAAGGCAGCACCUCAAAUACUCCAUCCAGUAAAUUCCCACCUCCCUGCUUGCAGCUCAUCAACUUCUGAUGUGUGCACUUACGCAGGUUUUCAACAGCAUCAGUGGGAAUCAAUUCAGGGAUAUCUGCAACUAAUUCAAGCCCCAGCUGGAUGUUGGGCAGCUGAAGCGUAACUGAAGUUAGACCGUUAUUCAGUGUUCCAACUAACGUUCUAGUCGCUUUCCAUGAGGCGUUAUAAAGGAUUCAUUUUUCCUAUUGCUAGCUUCACUGGCUUUUUCACACCAGUUUCUUUAGCGAGCCUAAACGACUGCCACGUAUUUUUCGAUACGAAUGUCUUCUCAUCACUUCGAAGACUCUUAGCUAACUUCUUGCACAGUUGCUUUCACUCAUCGUCAUUAGAAUAAGUAUUCUCACACCAACCAGUUCGGAUAAGGUUGUGGGAUCCAGUGAUAUUUCUUGACUUUUGGAUGUAGUUUGUUAAAUGUCUUUAUCACUGCAGCCGGUUGAAUACUAAGCCAAGCUUCAUCUGGGUAGUAGUCGCUGCCAUGCUCAGAUAAGUGCUGUUACCUACCCUCUGAAUAAACAUUUAAUAUUCCCAGCCGAUCCUUGAAAGGCUUUGCAACUUUUGAGUCCAUUAACGCCUAAAAACAUCCUUGUACUAACGCAAGGUGGGAAUUCAGUCAAGUACUCUAAAGAGAGUCGUCUUCCAACGGUGGCUUCUGACAAUAUGAUCUGUACUCACUUUUGCAUUAUUUCGGUAGAUAUUUGAUGGGACUGUUUUAUUAUGUCUUAGUUUUAUGCCCAUAUGAGGACCUUAGAAGGAAAUGAUAAAUUUGCAUAUUACAGCGUCAUUGAUCGCCAGUACACUCUUUUAAGCACAGAAAUAAGGUUGACAAUUUCUCAUAGUGCUUGACUGCGUCUUCUGGACAAAUCAGUUUUACUAGUAGUAGUUAUCUGGUAUGAUGCAUCUAACGUUUUGGUGAGUUUCAUCCAUACCCAAAGUUACUGGCUGAAAGUCUAGUUUCUCAUCCAAAACCUCACUGCUUCACGAAAAAUCAAAUUAUAUAAAGAAUAAGAGCAUCUGUCCUUAAUCACUGAACAAAAUAGCUUAAAGGUAUAUGUCACUUUAUUACAAGGAGAAUAGUACUUUUGCAAGAAGUACAAAGCAAUCUGUUAGCGCUAGCACAUUUAGGUGUAAUUUUAAGCAGAUGGCUUUUAACCAAUGGACCACGGAUUCGAACCGCGUUUUGUCUGCAGAGGUUGGGGCAUUCAGGUAGUAAGUACCAUUAAUCACCACACAAUAGGUGGGGGCUCAUUGCUUACUGUACGAAAGUGCAGGUGACUACUGUAUGCAUCUCAGUUUUUCUCCUGAGUCUUCAAUGUUGAUUGAAUCUUUUGUUUAGAAAUUCUGUAUAUGCAAGUAUGGAUUACAUCAUGAAUAGAAGGAUAUACUAUAGUUCGAGUAUACUUCUCAGCUGUCGGCUGUUUUAAUGUACGUCUGUGUGGUGUAGCCGUCAAAAGUAGGCGAUGUGAAAAAGCUACAGUCUUUUGACCUUAGAUUUCGACAUGACAUUUCUUGCGUGUUCUAGAAUCACAGUAUACGCAACAUUGAGUUUAGGCAUAGAAUAUUAGUCGAGUCAGUCGAUGAGUUUGUGAACGUCUUUCGACUCAGGUGGUCUUGACAUGUGUGAAGAGAAUCACCGCCUACUUCAGAGUGCGAUGUCAGCCAAAGUAGGAUUGGGUUACAAAAAUGCUAUGGGUUGCGAAACCAAGACAUCACAUUGGUUCGUGAAGUCUCUAUCUCAGCCUUAAGCCUCAUAAGAAGACAGGUCGUCGGUUUGUGUUCUUGAGACAGUAUGAGUUGAUGGUUGCAGACUUGAUAUACCUCAGAAUCAUCCACGCAGAUGUAUUUAGCCAUGAAUAUGUCCACUAACAUCUGUUUAUUUAUCGUCACUAAGUUUUAUCAGCUUUCAUAUUAUUCGUUAUUUACCCAUCUUUUCUUUGCACUUAAGCUGUAAUGUGCAGCAACUUAAAGUGAUUCACUUGUGUUCCAGUUCUGACGUUGAUCUGUUUGUCACAGUCUGAUCAAUACUUGCUUGUUGGUUAUUUCAAUGACUUGUGAGACACUAUGCUGCUGUUACAAUUACAGUUGUGACUAGCCUGAUGUUUGAUUUUUUGAAAAGUGGCUGUAUGUAGCUGUUGUGUAUCUGACAGAUUUCUCUGUCUUUCAUACCACUGAAUUCAUUUCAGUACCAAGUAUUAAUUAAAACGUUUUCUUGACGAAACCGAAUUCUCUAGGUUAUAGGACCGAUCUCAAAGAGAAAUAAAGUAGUAUACCUCUAGAGUUAUGGUCUGAUAGGCUUUUCCAAAGUGUGUGAAACUCAUAUUUGAUGAAUUUUACGGUGGUUCUGUUAAGAAAUCAAACAUAGGUGAAAGGAAGAUAAUCAAAAUCAAUGUGAAACCGUGCACAGCAGUGUAUCAGUUCACUUCUACACACUUUACAAAAGAACACAGGAAAUGGAUCGUAAACGAAUGACGCUGAAGUGGACAAGGUGC